GAUCAACAUAUAAAAGGAUAUGAGACUUUGACAAUUAAACAAGUACAUUAUUGGUGGUCAAAAUUAUCACAAGCAGAAUAUCGAUCUUCAGAUGACGAGCUUAUUUCAGUAAAAACAUAUCUUCAAAAUCAAAAUCAGGAAAUUCUAUUUUUUAACGAACAUGCAUUUGCUUUUGUAACAGCAUUUAUUC